AUGGCAAGGAUAUUGUUGCUUUUUCUUCCAAGUCUCGUGGUCAUAUGUGCAGGACAUGGAGUAUUUAUGGAUAGACUUGCUUCCAAGAAGCUGUGUGCAGAUGAAGAGUGUGUCUAUACUAUUUCUCUGGCUAGAGCCCAAGAAGAUUACAAUGCCCCAGACUGUAGAUUCAUAAAUGUUAAAAAGGGGCAGCAGAUCUACGUUUACUCAAAGCUGGUAAAAGAAAACGAAGCUGGAGAAUUUUGGGCUGGCAGUGUUUACGGUGAUCACCAGGCUGAGAUGGGAAUCGUGGGUUAUUUCCCAAGCAGCUUGGUCAAGGAACAACGUGUGUACCAGGAAGCCACCAAGGAACUUCCCACAACAGAUAUUGACUUCUUCUGUGAAUAAGAAAUUAAACUGCAGGUAAAAAGGAAACACCAAAAAUGAAGGAAAAUAAAAG